UUUGAAAGUGAAUUUAACGUUAAUCAUUAUUGUGCAUGCAUUUAUUCUGAUAAGACAACUUUAUAAUAAUGUACCUACUAGCAUAAUAAACAGAUAAAAAUCUAAAAUUAGUUCUAUCUGUCUUAAAAAUCGAGACAACUGUAUGUAACUGUGAUCGGGCGAGGUUAAAAUGUUAAUAACAGUGAGAAAAAUAAUUUCACCUCUAUCUUAUUUAAGUAAAACCAUUUACCGGACUCUCUCUACAUCUGUAGUCGCUAAGGAAGAACAGAUUAAAAUCAAGGAUGGUGUUAUCAACUAUGUAAAAGUUGGUAAUGGAGCUCACCAUGCCUUAUUCUUGCCCGGAGCUCUUGGGACAAUAUGGAUCGGGGGAAAACCUCAAAUAGAGGGAUUCAAUCGAGAGAAAUACACACUUGUGGUUUGGGAUCCACCAGGCUAUGGCAAGAGUAGACCACCUGAAAAAAUAUUUAGUACUGAUUUCUACGAAAGGGACGCAGAUGCAGCUUUCGAAUUUAUGAAGGCUUUGAAAAUUCCGAAAUACUCUCUAUUGGGAUUCAGUGACGGUGGAAUCACCAGUUUGAUCCAUGCUGCUAAGUACCCAGAUGCAGUCAAUAAGCUAGUGGUCUGGGGUGUCAAUUCCUUUGUGUUACCUAAUGAAAUGGAAUCGUACAAGAAAAUUAGAGACAUCAAUUCCUGGUCAAAAAGGAUGAGAGAGCCUUUAGUUGAAAUAUAUGGAGAACUAUUAUUUGCCAAAUACUGGGCUGAAUGGGUUGAUGGAAUGGAAGCUCUAUACAAAACUAAGGAUGGCAAUAUCUGUGCUGAAAUGUUAAAAAAUAUAAAAUGCCCCACAUUUAUACUCUAUGGUCAAAAGGACCCCCUGGUGGACAGUGUGCAUGCUUCUCACUUGCAUACUCACAUUGAUGGCUCAAGGAUACAUCUGUACCCUGAAGGGAAACAUCAUAUUCACCUGCAGUAUGCUGAAGAUUUCAACCAAAGAGUGCAAGAGUUUCUAUCGAAACCAUAAUAGCAAUGAGGAAAUAAUGAGAUGUAACAUUUUGAGAACAUUAAUUAUUUGUAAUUAUGUAUAUGGUUAUGUAUUACAAUGAAAGUUGAUAUGAUUAUACUUUAACACGUUAAACGCCAGGGCGGGGGGUCAUCGAUGACCGACGGACGUUAGCGGAGGAUUUGCUUUCAACAGGUUUCUAAUGCCAGUCAAAGACUGAAUAUCCUGGGAAUCACACUAGUUUCUUUUUAUUCCAAAAAAGUAUAAUAUAAAAUAAAAAAAUAACUAAGUUGUACGGCUCGAUGCUUAAAUACACGCUUACUGUACCAAACGCAAAUAAUAAGUUUGUCGAAUGUUAAGUUACCCGUAGUGGACCUUGAGCUGUAGGGCCGAUGGUCGAAAUUAGCUUGAACCGCUCAAUUGUAAUUUUAUAUAUUAGUAAGUAUUUGUUUAUAGUACCUAUGUAUCGUUUAUUUAACUCGUACACAAUCACCUGAUAUCAAUCCCCAAAUUUUACAUAACAUAUAUAACAUAACAUGACGCCUUUUAUC